AUGAUCAAAGGGAGACUCCUUGGCCUGAUGUCUUCCGUUGUGGCCCCAGUUCAAGAGUUCAACAGGAUGGAGACCAAGAAGGUGGAACUGAUUCUGGUAAAGGAGCAGAAUGGCGUGCAGUUUACCAAUUCGACGCUGGCCAGCUCUCCCCAGCCCACUGGGGAGGGAGUCGGUGAGACCCAGGUUAGGCAGACCUGGGCCAAGAAGAUCGAUUUCCUCCUCUCGGUUGUCGGCUUUGCAGUGGACUUGGCCAAUGUCUGGAGAUUCCCUUAUCUCUGUUAUCGCAACGGCGGAGGAGCUUUCCUCGUCCCGUACCUGUUCUUUAUGUUCAUCGCCGGCAUGCCGCUGUUUUACAUGGAACUGGCUCUGGGGCAGUUCAAUCGGGAAGGCGCCGCGGGGGUCUGGAAGAUCUGUCCCAUAUUUAAAGGUGUUGGCUUCACUGUUAUCUUGAUCGCACUGUAUGUCGGCUUCUAUUACAAUGUCAUCAUCGCCUGGGCUCUCUAUUACCUCUUCUCAUCCUUUACAAUGGAACUGCCAUGGACACACUGCAACAACAGCUGGAACAGUCCCAAUUGUUCCGAGGUCACCAACUUUACUCGGCAGAAAUACUACGAGUAUAAAACCAACCCCGCCGCUGAAUAUUACGAGCGUGGAAUGCUUCAUCUUCACGAAAGUACGGGGAUCCAUGACAUCGGCAAACCCAGGUGGCAGCUCACCUGUUGCUUAUUUGUCGUUAUUGUGAUCCUUUACUUCAGCCUGUGGAAGGGCGUUCGAACAUCUGGCAAGGUUGUCUGGAUUACUGCUACAAUGCCUUACAUUGUCCUCACGAUCUUGCUGCUUCGUGGAAUCACUCUCCCUGGAGCGAUAGAUGGAAUUAAAGCAUAUCUAAGUGUUGACUUCUUACGGCUUCGGAAGGCCUCGGUUUGGAUAGAUGCAGCGACACAGAUAUGUUUCUCUCUUGGAGUGGGUUUUGGUGUACUAAUAGCAUUUGCAAGCUAUAACAAAUUUAAUAACAAUUGCUACAGGGAUGCCAUCAUUACCAGUUCUGUCAACUCAGUGACAAGUUUCUUCUCUGGAUUUGUUGUCUUCUCUUUCCUGGGCUACAUGUCAAAGCAACGUGGAGUUCCCCUGGAGGACGUGGCCACUGGAGAAGCCGGACUGGUAUUCAUCAUUUACCCAGAAGCAAUUGCCACUCUUCCUGGUUCGUCAGUUUGGUCGGUCAUCUUCUUCAUCAUGCUUCUAACACUUGGACUGGACAGUGCAAUGGGCGGCAUGGAAUCAGUGAUCACAGGGGUGAUUGAUGAAUUCAAAUUCCUGCGUAACCACAGGGAGAUCUUCACGCUUUUUAUCAUUACAAUUACAUUCCUGGUGUCUCUCUUCUGUAUAACUGAUGGUGGUAUCUACGUGUUCACCUUACUAGACAAGUUCGCAGCAGAGACAUCCAUUUUGUUUGGAGUGCUAAUAGAAACUAUUGGAGUGGCCUGGUUUUAUGGAGUUGAUCGUUUCAGCAAUGAUAUUGAAAAAAUGAUUGGUACAAGACCCGGCUUAUAUUGGAGACUGUGCUGGAAGUUUGUCAGCCCCUGUUUCCUUCUGUUUGUUGUGGUCAUCAGCAUUUCAACAUUUAAAGCCCCAGAAUACGACAAUUACAUCUUCCCAGAGUGGGCCAAUGUAAUUGGAUGGUGUAUUGCUGUAUCUUCAAUGGUACUUGUACCCAUUUAUGCUGUGUACAAGUGUGUCAGCGUGCGUGGAUCUCUGCGUGAGAAGUUAGCAAUUGCAAUUACAUCCGAGAAGGACCGUCACCUGGUGGAAGAUGGUGAAGCCCACCAAUUCACUCUGCACCACUGGCUCACGGUCUGA